UGGAUCCACUCCUAAAGGAGACAUGAAUUUCAUCAGUUAGCUCAAAAUACUUGCAACUACUCAAUUAGCUGAAUAAUAUGCACAACGAUAGAGCGGGGAAAUGUCACCCGAGUCGUUCACUGAAUCCGAGGUUUAUCUCAUUUCACCCCCGAGAUAUUCAAGCAUGUCUCCAAUGGACGAAAACCUUUCACCAGCAGGGGUAGCUGACGAGGAUCGUGGUAUCGAUGAAUUCUUAACGCAAAUCAACCUUACACAGGCGACAUGGGUGCCAAUUCGGAAAACAAAAUCAUUGCCUAUUGAUGACCCUGGCAGUCUAUCAACGACGGUCAUGGACACUCUUCCCGCAUCGUUUGAUUCAGACAAUUUUGCACAAGACCCGUGCGGACGCAUUAAAUCAUAUCGAUAUAUAGAACCUUCACCAGCAAGCCCCGCAGUUGACGAGACCGACGGCAUGAUGUCUUUCAACCACUCGCCAUCUAUUCUUGACUUCACAAGCGGCAAGCCCACGAAAAAAUUAAAGCCGAACCCAAAACGCAAACUCUUUGAUUAAUAUUGUUUAAUAAUUUUGUGUGAAAU